UGAGCGCAGUAGUGGAGGUGAAUGCGCCGGGUCAAAUUCUCGCAACGGGGAAAGUCGACGAGUUAAAAUUUCAAGCGUUGUAACAUUUAUACCAAUAUUUGCGUGUUAAAAACCUUUUUUCGAGACGGGGAUACCGCGGGAGUUGAGGCAUCGUCAUGGAUCCACGAAAAUUGACGGAAUUGCUUCGAGCAACGAUAGAUCCAGCCCAACAGAAGCAAGCCGGAGAGCAACUCGACCAGAUUCACAAAAUCAUUGGUUUUGCUCCAACUCUCUUGCAAGUCGUCAUGUCUUCGGAGGUUGAAAUGCCUGUCAGGCAGGCCGGUGCGAUUUAUUUGAAAAAUUUAAUAAGUACAAAAUGGGCGGAUCGCGAGGCAGACAAUGGUUCGGUGCCGUUUAGUAUUCACGAGCAGGAUCGAGCAAUGAUACGUGACGCGAUCGUCGACGCUGUCGUCCACGCACCCGAACUCAUAAGAGUUCAACUGGCCGUGUGCAUAAGUAGCAUCGUUAAACACGACUUCCCAGGAAGAUGGACACAAAUAGUCGACAAAAUAACGAUAUAUUUGCAAAAUCCGGAUGCUUCGUGCUGGCCUGGAGUGUUGCUCGCUCUUUAUCAACUGGUUAAAAAUUUCGAGUACAAAAAAGCGGAAGAACGAGGACCUUUGAACGAAGCUAUGAAUUUACUUUUCCCGAUGAUUUAUCAAUUGAUUUUACGACUUUUACCCGACCCAUCGGAACAAUCGGUUUUACUUCAAAAACAAAUUCUAAAAAUAUUUUUUGCCAUAACGCAGUACUCUCUUCCUCUGGACCUCAUUUCUAAGGAAGUAUUCUCGCAAUGGAUGGACGUCGUUCGUCAAGUAGCGGACAGACCUGUACCGCCGGAAACCAACAGACCGGAUAUCGAUGACGACGAACGCGGCGAAUUGCCCUGGUGGAAGUGCAAGAAAUGGGCACUUCAUAUUCUGCAUAGAAUGUUCGAGCGUUACGGAAGUCCUGGAAGUGUAACGUCGGAGUACAAAGUAUUCGCCGAGUGGUAUUUGCAGACGUUCAGCGGUGGAAUUCUCGAAGUACUGUUGAAAAUUCUCGAUCAGUAUCGCCGAAAAGUUUACGUAUCGCCGCGUGUUGUCCAACAAUCAAUAAAUUACAUCAAUCAAGGAGUGAGUCACGCCUUCUCGUGGAAAUUCUUGAAGCCUCACAUGUUUGAGAUAAUCAGGGACGUACUUUUCCCAAUAUUGUCGUACUCCGCUGCUGAUGAGGAACUUUGGAACAACGAUCCCCACGAGUAUAUUCGCGUCAAGUUCGAUAUCUUCGAAGACUUUGUGUCUCCGGUAACGGCCGCUCAAACGCUGCUGCACUCAGCUUGCAAAAAACGCAAAGGAAUGCUACAGAAAACAAUGCAAUUUUGUAUGGAAGUAUUGACGAGUCCGAACGCCGAUCCUAGACAAAAAGACGGUGCUCUCCACAUGGUCGGUAGUUUGGCUGAUAUAUUAUUAAAGAGGAAGAUUUACAAAGAGCAGAUGGAGAAAAUACUGGUGCAGUACGUUUUCCCGGAAUUCAACAGUUCUCACGGGCACAUGCGCGCUAGAGCUUGUUGGGUGUUGCACUACUUUUCGGAUAUUAAAUUCAAGCAAGAACAGGUGCUUUACGAGGCGAUAAGAUUGACGACGAACGCUCUCCUAACGGACCAAGAUCUCCCGGUCAAAGUUGAAGCAGCCGUUUGCGUACAAACCCUUCUAAACUCUCAGACGAAAGCCCAAAAGUACAUCGAACCACUGAUAAAACAAAUAACCCUCGAGCUAUUAAACAUCAUAAGGGAAACGGAAAAUGACGAUCUUACAAACGUAAUGCAGAAAAUUGUUUGCACUUAUACACAACAACUUAUGCCUAUCGCCGUUGAGAUUUGUCAACAUUUGGCUGCCACAUUCAGCCAAGUGCUCGAAACCGAUGAAGGCAGUGAUGAGAAAGCAAUAGCAGCCAUGGGUCUUCUCAACACGAUAGCAACGCUGCUUAGUGUCAUGGAAAAUCAGCCGCAAAUAAUGGCUCAGUUACAACCCACUGUAUUGCAAGUCGUUGCUCAUAUUUUCGGUCAAAGCGUUAUCGAGUUUUAUGAAGAGGCCAUGUCACUGGUUUACGAUUUAACGGGUAAAACCAUUUCCGAAGAUAUGUGGAAAGUACUGGAGCUCAUGUAUCAGCUUUUCCAGAAGGAUGGCUUCGAUUAUUUCACGGAUAUGAUGCCAGCCCUCCACAAUUACAUCACCGUCGAUACACCUGCAUUUUUAUCCAACGAAAAUCAUAUAUUGGCCAUGUUUAACAUGUGUAAAAGUAUUCUCACAGGAGAUGCCGGUGAAGAUCCCGAAUGUCAUGCUGCAAAAUUAUUAGAGGUCAUCAUUCUGCAGUGCAAAGGUCACAUAGACCAGUGUAUACCCUCAAUGGUGCAAUUGGUGCUCGAGCGUUUGACGAGAGAGGUUAAAACGUCAGAACUCCGUACGAUGUGUCUACAAGUUGUAAUCGCAGCUCUGUAUUACAAUCCCGCUCUGUGUCUCGAAGUUAUGGAUCGUCUCCAAGGGACACUCGGACAAUCAACCGAGCCGAUAGCCUCUCAUUUUAUCAAACAAUGGAUCCACGACACAGACUGCUUCCUUGGUUUGCACGAUCGCAAGCUUUGCGUUCUCGGUCUCUGCACUCUGAUCAGCAUGGGUCCAGCUAUACCAGCUGCGGUCAACGAAUGCGCCCAACAAAUAAUUCCCUCUCUGAUUUUACUAUUCGACGGUUUGAAGAGAGCCUACGCCGCAAAAGUAGCCGAGGGUGAGGAAGAAGAGGGCGAAGACGAAGAAAGCGAUAUAGAGGAAGAAGUAUUGUCGUCGGACGAAGACGAGAUCGACGAUGCUAGUCAGGAAUAUCUCGAGAAACUUCAAGACAAAGUUGAGAAAGCUUCGGCACAACACGGUGUCAACGUGAAUUCGUUGAUACUCGAUAGUCAUAGAUCCGACGAUGACGAGGACGAUGACUCCGAUUACGAAGGCAACGAGGAAACGACUUUGGAAUGUUACGUCACACCUCUCGAUUUUGACGAAAACAAUCAGGACGAGUACGUCGUUUUCAAGGAAAUAAUGCAAAACAUUGAAAGGACGGACCAGGUUUGGUACAGAGCUUUGACCAGCCAUUUGACAGCUGAGCAACAGAAAGCGCUUCAAGAGGUAAUACUUCUCGCGGAUCAGCGUAAGGCGGCUCUCGAGAGCAAAAGGAUUGAACAGAGCGGCGGUUACGCCUUCCACUCGCAAACUGUGCCCACCUCAUUUAAUUUCGGUGGCACUCCCCUAGGUCGAUAAAAAAAUCUUUAACAUUUCUAUACUAGGAGAUAAGUAAUUAAUGAAAUUAUAAACAGCAAGCAAAAGAAAGAACUGCAAAAAAUACGGAAAAGAAAGGACCGGGAAAAAGGAAGAAAAGAAAUUUGAACACACACACACAUACACAUACAUACAUACAUAACACACACAUACACACACACACAAGAUACGUAGCAACGUGACUGUAAUAUUUGACCACUUCAAAGACAAGUAUGCAUUUCCUAUUUACCUACUAUUUUUGUGUAAAGUAAAUUGUACAAUACUUAUGCACCCGUGACGAGAUCGAUUUGUCAAAUAUGAUAUUACUGUGGUUAUAUCAUUGAAAUUUAGUCAACAAAACAAAGAGAAAUGCGAGGAAAGGAAUAAAUCGCAAAUCAUGUACCUUAGCCUUGUUGUAAAGCGUGAUUUUUCGAUCGGAUUUAGCUUCGUCACAAAGACUAAGUUACUUUCACAUAAAAACAAGCUUUGGAUACUAACUCAUUUUUUAAUCGUGUGUAUAUAUAUUUAUAUAUACGAAAAAUCCGUUUUUUGUUCUUUAUUCUUUCAUUUCUUUUGAGACUCUUCCUGACUCGGUGUAGUACACAAGUUUCGUACGCAAAAACUAUGGAGGCUUUAUAUUAAAGGAAAAUAACAAGAAAUAUGAAAUUAUGCAGACAAAAAAUAGUUGGACCGGCCAGUGAUGUCCACAAUAAUUCGUACUAUGACACUUCUUACCAGCAUCUUAUAUUUGUUGAAACGUCGUUUCUAUCCUUUCGUUGAGACAAAAUUAUCAUUUUUUUAUUCGACCAUACAUCUUACUGAAGAUACAACAGAAAAGGAAAUUCCUCCGUUUACUUGAUACGAUGUUUGUUGAAAACAAAAUGUGUUAAAUUGUUGGUAUAAAUAUAUCGAAAAGCUAAUUUUUAUGAAAAACA